CUGUAACUAGAUUUCGUGAAAACAUGACGACUCAUGUAGCAUUUUUAAAAGUACAUAAGGCAGGAUCAACUACUAUGCAAAAUUUAUUUUUCAGAUUCGGUUUGAAACAUAAUUUGAAUAUUCUCCUCCCUAAAACGAGAAAUUAUCUACACUCAGCGGACCAGAAAAUGCCACUGAAAAAUGGUGAACAUUACGAUAUCUUUGCGUGCCAUACUGUAUACGAGAAAGAGUGGUUUGAUAGUCUACUUCCGGCUGACUCGGUAAAAAUCGGAAUAGUUCGUGAACCGGUGAGCAGAAUAAUUAGUUCGGCGUGCUAUUACCGCGAUGUUUUUCAUGUCGGCUAUUUGAAAAAGAUACCGCGUGAAAAUUUCGUACACAAUCUUAUAAAUUAUCCAUCGCAUUAUGAUCCAGGAUUUUUCUCUCACACGAGAAACACAAUGGGCAAAGACUUUGGAUUUAAAAGUGGUAUUCGACGUACACAAGUAAAACGGUACCUGGAUAAGCUAAAUUCAGAGUUUUUACUUGUUUUAAUCAUGGAAAGGUUUGAUGAAUCUCUAGUAAUGAUGAAAAGACUUCUUAAUUGGUCAUUAAGUGACAUUAUCUAUUUGAAAACUAACUCUUAUAAACACAAUCAUAUAGUCUUGAACGACACGGAAAUAGCAAAACUUAAAAGCACCAAUGACAAUCGGUACUGGCAUCCUGAAGCAUUUCUGCGAGAUUGCGAGUCCGGCUAG